UCAAAGGCAGCAACGACGUCCGCGGAGCCGUCACCAGCACUAUCAGUAGUACCAGCCGUGACGUCUUGCCUUUCGCACUGAUGAGCGAUCUCGACGGUAGCAUAGCACGUUCUUGUGAUUCGCCUUCGUUAACUUCUCGAAAUUGUAAAUUUGUACACUUUUAGUGGAUGCACACCUUUAGUCCAUUGCGGUCAUCGUUACUUGGCUCUAUCGUUAGCAGUUAUUGCGGACGUUUGAUUUGAUUCCCCUGACCGGGAGUUUGUGCAUCUCGGGUUUGAAUUUCGCGGUCGUUUAUGAGAAUAAUCAAGAUAUACAACAAUUCCGGUUUGGUGUGCGAAUUUACGGGUCCGGCGCGAAUUGUUGUUCAUGUGGAUUACAUAUGAUUACUUAUAAUAUGCAAAUCAGGCUAGAGUCUGAGAUAUAAAAAAUAUAAGAAGGUGUUUGUAAGCUGCUAUCUCCCGGUCUGAAAUUAUUCACGUUUCGAAUAUUCAGAAUAUUACACACGCGCGCAAUUCGAGCUGGAGCUGUAAAUAUGCUAGGAGAUAGCUUUGACGGUAAACUCACUUUGGCUUAGAGUCGUAAAAUUUAGCUGGCAUUUUCAGAUUUGCCAAUAUGAGACGUUGAAGUGCAGUCAAACAUGAUCAAAUUUGUGUGUAGUUGUCCUUGCUGUGUUCAUAGUUUGUCCCUUCAAUGUUGAAUAAUUAGCGUGAAUAGAAGAAGUGAAAGCAUAAUACUUGAAAGAUUAGUGUGGAAAAAAGAGAAACUAAUAUAAAAUGCAACAUCACCCAGGGUCGUGGUACUUGCCAUGGGGAGUUCCGCUGCAGAAAAUGUUAGCGGUUCCACUUCAUCCGGCUGCAGUUGGAUACGCACAGCCUCAGCCUGCUACAGCCUGUCAAGUGCCAUCACAGCAGCCUCCACAACAACCGCCUCAGCAAAACUUCCAGCAUCAAAUUCACCCUGCGGCGGCGGCAGCAGCAGCUGCUCUUCACCAUUCACCUGCCGCCUUACACCAUACCCACCAUCCGCAUCCCCACCACCAUCCACCACAUCCACAUUCACAGACGUUGCAUCCCGCCGCCGCUGCUGCAAUGUUCACCCCACUUUCGUUACGUACAUUUAUCACCCCGUCGCCAAGCCAUUUGGGGUUGGCGGCCCAACAGCCUCUUACACCUGCUGCAGCAGUUCAACCUACUGUCACGCAUACACCGACAAAUCAAACACAAUCACAAUUAGCCGCGAUGAAUCUCAACGUGGGGGUGGUUGCUUUAAGACAGGCUAGUCAGGCAAACGCUCUAAUGACGGUUAAAAAGGCACUUAUACAGGAUAAGGAUAAAACAAAAUUAGUAACAACAGAGAAAAGGAAAGCAGAUGAGUCGGAUCAAAUAAAGGAUUUGAAAAAGGCAAAACUCGAAACAAAAGCGCUAAAAGCAAAACGUCCUGGUUUCACAGAUGAACGGUAUCACGAAACUUCGUAUUAUAUUGAAAAUGGCCUUCGAAAAGUUUACCCAUAUUACUUUACGUUUACCACGUUUACAAAGGGACGAUGGGUAGGAGAGAAGAUUUUAGAUGUAUUCGCACGGGAGUUCCGGGCACAUCCUGCGGAGGAAUACGAGCGGUGUAUAAUGGCGGGAACUUUAACCGUUAACUACGAAAAAGUGCCAACAGAUUAUCGACUCAAACACAAUGAUCUUUUAGCAAAUGUAGUUCAUAGACAUGAAGUUCCAGUCACUAGUCAACCAAUCACAAUAGUGCAUAUGGACGAUGAUAUUGUGGUUGUUAAUAAACCAGCAUCAAUACCAGUGCACCCAUGUGGUCGGUACCGACACAAUACAGUCGUGUUUAUUCUAGCUAAAGAGUACAAUCUAAAGAAUUUAAGGACAAUCCAUCGAUUAGAUCGCCUAACAUCUGGUCUACUGCUGUUUGGACGCAGUCCAAAGAAAGCUCGGCAAAUGGAACACCAGAUAAGGAAUCGCCAGGUUCAGAAGGAGUACGUUUGCCGAGUGGAGGGCGAGUUCCCUGAUGGCAUCAUCGAAUGCAAGGAGCCUAUCGAAGUAGUCAGCUAUAAAAUUGGAGUUUGCAAAGUAUCGUCGAAAGGUAAAGAAUGCACGACCACAUUUCAGAAAAUCGGUUUCAAUGGGAAGAGUAGUGUUGUGUUGUGUAAACCUUUAACCGGACGAAUGCACCAGAUUCGAGUUCAUCUGCAGUAUUUGGGAUACCCGGUCGUCAAUGAUCCACUUUACAAUCAUGAAGUGUUCGGGCCGAACAAAGGACGAAUGGGCGAUAUCGGCGGGAAAAGCGAUGAACAACUGGUGCGGGAUCUCAUUAAUAUACAUAACGCUGAAAAUUGGCUCGGAAUCGACGGUGAUUCGGAAUUGUCGUUAUUUAAGCCAAUGAAAGUUGAUUCGGAUUCGGAUAGCUUAGCAGGAGCCCUAAGCGGAAAAGGCAACGUUCUAAGUGAUGACGAUUCAGAGAGUGUUUCUCGGGAAGCGUCACCGUGCUCUGAAAGCCCAAGACCAGUCUCAUUAGGAAGCGAGAGCCCCCAUGAUGGCGUGCUAACAUCAGUUCACAUCAGUACGAACACGUCCUCGUCGACGUCCACAGAUAACAAAGUGAAGGUUACGGUUGCCACACAAACAGGCCAUGAAUCGCCCGAUUUAACAUUUAAUCCAGACAAAAUGACCACAGACAAGCAUUGUUACGAAUGCAAGGUGCGCUACAGGGAUCCAAAACCACAAGAUCUCGUUAUGUACUUACAUGCCUGGAAAUAUAAGGGACCUGGUUGGGAGUACGAGACAGAACUACCAGAUUGGGCUCGUGUUGAUUGGACGGAUCUCGACUGUGAAUGAACUCGUAGCUUCCAAACGCUUCACGUAGACACUUACUCAUUUCGUACAUAGCUUAUUUAAUGGUAUUAUUAUAUCGAAGGUAUCUGUGAGUAAUGUUACUUUUGCAGCAGUUCCCCAGGGUAUUCAGGGAGGGGAAAUGUGAAAAUUUGGCAUUAUUUGCAGUGACGCGAUAGUACCUAAUCACUAAAGUUUUUUAAUUAAUAUAAGAAGGGAAUACAACAGGGACGAUGCGUGCAGACACUUUCUUUUUGUAAUUCCUUUAUAUCAAAAGAAAGAUCAUCAAUCCAGUAACCAUUACUGCGUGGUCCGGUCUUUCUUAUGAUGGAAGCUGUAUUUUCGUUACUAGUUGGUAAUUUAGGAAAAGUAGAUUACAAUAUUGAAUCAUUUGAUAUUUCAUAGAUGCAAAAAAGACAUUAGGACUUGAGUUUUGCCUAUGUAUUUUAGUUAUUACGUUAGUUUGCCAUUCGUUCUAAUUCUUUUCGGUUUUCUGUGUGUACUUUAUUGUUACGUUUUGUUAUAAGGUAGAAAGAAUAAUGACUAUGAAUUGUUGAUGAUAAACUAAUCUCUUGAUUUUCAUAUAAAUGUUAUGGGGAAUUCAGUGCAUACUCUAUAUAUGUACACAUGCAACUUCAUUGGUUAGACAUUUGGUUCAUAAUUGUUGUUGUAUUUGUUACUUUCGUUAACAGAGCAGGCAUUUAUAAGGCCGUAUUUAAGCUACUUUGGUCAUAUGAAUUCACAGCUGUAUCUACUCAGAACCUUUUAAUUGUAAGGAAUAAAUCUUAAAUCUAUUUCACUUCAUUUUUGGCGGAUGUACUUCUUGGUCACUCUCGGUAGCGGUUCAAUCAAAUCAAAAGCAUAAAACAGUGUUAUUUUUAUACGCAAAAAAGACAAUAUGUAUAUCAAAACUCUAGUAAGUGAUUAUAUUUAGUCAUUACUUAAACUUACAAUAAAUCGGGAGCCCCUUGUUUGCAGAGGCAACCCUAAAGUUAAUUUACAGAAGAAAAAUCUAAAAACAUUGAUAUGCACUUUUGAUUAUAUAUUUUUGCUCAAAGUAAAUCAGCUGCAUUGUAAAAUAAAGGGACUAAGUUGUUGAUUUAAUUCAUAUAUUUCAUUUUCCCAGAUUUAAAUUAUUUCCAUAAGCUGUGAGACUUCCUUUAUGGAUCUUGUUGUUUAGUGUUUGUUGUCAAAAGAUUUGUUAAUCAAGCCGAAAUACGCCCACACAUUACUAUUUCCAGAUCAAUCUUUAAUUGACAUAUAUACCGUCAUAGUAAUGUUUGCUUGGAAGAAGCUCUCCUGAACUGGGUGGGUCCUUCUUAUUUAAGUUCUCCACUUAUCCCUGACAGGUUGGGAACUCUUAUGUUAAAGUUGUCUGAAACAAUUAAUCCUUAGUUUGAAUAUAAUUAAUUAUGUGAAUAUUGGUUGAUAUAUCACAUCAACUUUAUAUGUAGAUUUUAAGGUAGUAAUCUGAAAAAAAUAUUUCGUUUUCUGAAAAUCGACGACAACCAAGAGAAAAUGUUAUAAAAAGACACUAAUUGUAAAGUGAUUGUGCCUUGUUAUUCAUCAAUAAAAUAUCAAAUACCAGUAAUACAUAAGGAUAUGAACAUUCAAACAUAUUUUAGUAGAAGAACAAUAAAGACCAGAAUGAAAUUUCCCUAGAAUUGAGUACCGUUCCCAAAUCUAAAUAAUCGCAAAUUUUCGAUUUGAUGUGCAGCAGAAGCACACCAAUCACUUGUAAAAUUAAGGAUAUUGCAAAGUGGUUUUUAUUUUAUUAGAUAACUUGACAAAUAGGUAACUGAGUGUUGUAUUGUAUAUUCUCUAUUAGCAUAAAGCAGGAGACAUCUCGCUAUCUAGAGGAAUAAAGCAAUGUUAUAUUGAUCAAAUACGAAAUGAGCAAAAUUCAAAUAACGAUAGCGUAAGAAAUCAAAGAAGAGCGAAAACAAAACCUAAUUAUUUUUGCUUGGAAACUGAAUGUCGUUUUAUAGAAAUACAUUUUGAUGCCAUGAA